GGUCUCUCUAGUUCGUCCCAGUGGGAUCUCAUGGGCACUGCUAUGGUUACACCUGAUCAUGUGAGGCUGACCCCGGACCUGCAGAGCAGACAGGGAGCAGUGUGGAGUCGAAUUCCGUUUUUCGAGCGGGACUGGGAGCUCAAGGUGCAAUUCAAAAUCCACGGCGUUGGAAAGAAGAAUUUGAAUGGGGAUGGCAUGGCUAUCUGGUUAACCAAAGAUCGCAUGCAGAACGGUCCUGUGUUUGGCAACAUGGAUCAGUUUGUUGGACUUGGAAUACUUUUGGACACUUACCCCAAUGCCGACAAGACCCAUGAUGUGAGUGACAGUUAGAGUUAUUGUCCUGUUGGUAUUUUUUGUUGAGUGAAAUCAUCUCUUUCUGCAACCCUCUCCAAUGUGCUGAGGACACGGCGUUGAAGUAAUUUCAGCCAUCUGUUUAUCCCUAAAUCUUUACCAGUUCACCAUCCUAUGUUGUUUUGUCACAUACAUAUGUUCAAACUUCAGCCCUUUUUCCCCUCAAUGUCACAUUAGGGGAUAUGCGCCUAGCACUGGCAGAUGUUUAUAUGUCUAGCUGGGCCAUUUCAUUUAGUUCUGUUCAAGAGGUUGUGUUAUUGGUCACUGAAUGACGGAGAAAAUCUGACGUCCGCUCAUCAUUUUGAAAGAUUAGAACACUAACUGUGGCGAUCUACCAUACCUUUGAAGCCACUCAGAGUGUGUCUCUUCAGUGGCACUACUGCUGCA